AUGUCAUUUAUCUCUAUUAAUUCAUCAGAAGUUCAAAAAAUCAUCAAUACUAUUAUUAUAACUGAAAACAACACCUUGAAACACAUUCAUUUCAAUGUUGAGAAGAAGAAUGUCAAAGUGAAAGAAAAAAAGCAGAAGAAUGAAAAGAGAAAGAAAGUCAAGAAGAAGAGCUCAGUCAAGAAGUACUCUGUGACUGAGAAUGCAGAAGUGAGAGUCUUGAAAAAACAGAUGACAAGUGUUGAGUCAGUUGACAGUCAUGAUAUUGAGAUUUUACCUCUUUAUAUUGAAAAUAAGGCACUGUGCAAGGAGAAUGCAGCUCUGAAGAUCAAAUUCAGAACUAUUAUAAGCCUUCUUCAGAUCAAUCAAACUAUUCUUGAGAAUGACAUAUGA